AUGAAAUUAAAUAUAGAUCUUUUAACAACGAUCAUUCUUGGUGAUUGUAAUAGUAAUAAUAAUAAUAAUCAAAGUAAACAAUCAGAGUCAACUGUUGCUGUAAAUAGCACACCAUCAACUUUAUCUAGUUCCGAUUUAAAAGAUACAGUCGUUGCAACUACCAAUAAUCAAGAGGAAACAAUAACCAUAGCAUCAUCAGAUAGUCUUGAUCAAAGUAACAACAACAAUGAUACAAGAAACAUUGUAACAGAUUUAACAACUACAACUACAACAGCAACAAUAACUAAUGAAACACAACACAAACAACAACAACAACAACCAAAUGUAAAUAGUAAUAAUAAUAAUGAUAACAACAAUAACAACCAUGAUUCAAUACAACAACAACAAACCAAUAUAGAACAAGAUAAUUCAAGUCACUUGCCAUUUGUACAAUUUACUUCGACUUUGGUGCCUGUAUCUUCUUCAUUUUCACCAUCACCUGGAUCAUCUAUACUUUCUGGAUCACCUAUAACCUUUUCUCCGAUAUUACCUGGUCAUCUUCAUAGUUCUCUCAACAAUAGUGUCGAUUAUGAGAUAAGUAGUGGCGUUCAAUAUCAUCAUACUGGCGGGUCUGGACACAGUCGGUUAACUGAUAAUAUCCUUUCCCCGCCACAAUCUCCCCUACAACAUUCAUCAUCUUCUUCAUCCCAUUCUUCAACUACGCCACCUGUUGUAUCACCAAGAUCUCCUAUCAUCACCUAUCCAGUAGUUUCUGGAAUUGGAAAUAAUUAUAAAAAUGAUUCUCAAACAAAUAAUAAUAAUCAAAAUAAUCAAAAUAAUCAAAAUAAUAAUAAUAGUACUAACAUUACUUCAAAUAAUAAUCAACAUAAUAAUAAUAAUACGAAUAAUAAUACGAAUACGAAUACGAAUAAUACGAAUAGUAAUAAUAAUAAUAAUCCAAAAAAUACAACGCCUAGAGGAUUAUCAUCAAGUACAGGAAGUAAUAGUAAUACAACAAAUAUAAAUAAUCAAAGUAAUAAUAAUAAUACUAAUAAUAACAAAACAACUACACCAUCAACACCAAAAGGCAAACAAAAUGUAUAUCCAAAGCCACCAAAUCACCAGAAUCAUCGAUUAAAACAACGUACAUUAUUUGAAAAAUUGUAUACAGAGAGUGGAUUUACUUCGGCAAAAUCAUGGUAUGAACGAAAUACAGAGCACAGCGAGUUUACAUUGGGAGAGCAACAGUUUACACUCUUUUUGCGAUUUUUGACCGAUUUUUCCACCUUUGAAAUACUGGAUAUCUUUGAUUCGUUGGACAAGGAUGAUAUUGGUCGUGUUGGUUUUGAAGAAUUCUUUUUAUUGGUUGCACUCUUUGCAAGUAGAGAAUGUGGUCAGACUACAAAAUUCCUCUAUCAACACAGUAAAGUCAUGUUUGAAAUCGUAUCUGGUCGCAGUUGUAUUCGGUCCGAUGGAACUAUUGAUCCCUCGUACACUAUCAACUUUCAUCGAUUCACCAAACUCGGACGUGUCCUCGGUAUACCCGAGUAUCAAAUGCUCAACAGUUUGGAAAAUUUCAAUUUAACCAUAUUUGAUCGUAUCAAUUUCGAAUCAUUCCUUCUCUACUAUUUUGUUAUCCUAGACGAGUGGGAUAGAUCAUCUUACACUUUUCUUAAAGUUUUAUUUUAUGAUCAAGAUUAUACAGAAAUAAUUGAUGAUUCUCAAAGUAAUAAUUCUUCUUCUUUAUCUUCUUCUUUAAAUAAUAAUAAUAAUAAUAAUAUAAAUAAUAAUAUAAAUAAUAAUAUAAAUAAUUAUAAUAAUAAUAUAAAUAAUAAUAAUGGUAUAAAAUCUUCAAAUGGAAUUCAACAACCUCCUACAUCACCUCAACAACAAAAAAUUAAAAAUAUUACGAUAACAAGUACAACAUUUAAAGAUUUUUCAGAGGAAUUUAAAAAGUUUAUAGAUAGUCUAAGUAAAUUGGAUAUGUCACAAAAAGAAAAUCUCAUCAGCAUGCUCAUUCAACAUGGAAUCUUUGGAUUCGAUGAUGCUAGAAUGGUACCCAUCGAUCGAUGGGCAGACAUGAUUAAAAAGAAUUUAACCAGAAAAAUAUUCCUAAAGGCUUUAUACGAUAGAUUACAACACCUUCCACUUCAUAUUCAACAAUUAAACCAACAACCACAACAACAAUCAAGUAUACCUUAUCAACCAGGAAUACGACAUCAACAACAACAAAAUAAUAAUAAUAAUAAUAAUAAUAAUCAUUCACCAAAUCAAAAUUUCAAGGCACUUAAAAGAAUAUUUAACUUUAAAUCAUCUUGA